CCUUGUUGAUCAUGGCGAAUGAGGAAGUCGGAUCACACGCAUUUUCGUUUGAUGAUCUAGUGAACAUUUUUAGCUAUCUUCCUCCCGAAAGCCUAUCUAAAUGUUCCCAGGUUUGUAGAGAUUGGCAUGAAGCGUCCCACGUCGGCACUUUAUGGAAGAGACAUUGUUUACAGCGAUGGAAUUUUUGCCACUUGGCAAAACUGAAACCCGGUACGGUGAUGUAUGAAUGGCAAUCAACAUCCCUACAAUCCAUCAUAUAAUAGUCAAGGAAAGGUGCUUAAAACUUUAAGUUUCUCUUUUACAAAAGGCCCACAUGUAUUACGCUUAUCAGUCUCUCCAAGCUUUUGGCAUGGGCAGAUUGGCAUGGUGCAGGGAAGGGGAAGCCUGCGAGCAAGCUCUUCGGUGCGCUCUGGCGGCGGGGCGGGAAAAGGAAGGAAAACUUGCAACUACGUCUCUAGAAUAUGAAUUCCACCUCCAAUUCCCCUGUGGCUCCCCAUCAACUGAGCUGUCAGAUUUCCGCCAAUCAGAGCGAUGCGGAAACAAGCUCACAAAUGUAAACAAACAUUGAAAAACACAUGCCAAAGGUAAUGAGAUCAUUACUACUGCCAUCUCCACCAAUCAGCAUACUGCAUCAACUUUUUUGAAAAAAAAAAUUCCAGAGACUUCAUUACAAGCUCUCCUUCCUUUUCCCGCCCCGCCGCUGAGACCCCUGGAGAGCUUGCUAGCAGGCUAGGGAUGAGGGGGAAAUCAGCCUUUCCCCCAAUGCUCCAGCCCUGUUACUGGUUCACCUGCAGUGUCCUGGGAAUGGUGGAAUGGGGUGUACCAGAACCAACAACCAGUUACUUUUUUUCAUAAACCUGUCAAACAAUCCCAUGGUGGGUUUUCAUGACGGAAGGCUUUACGUAUAGAUCAUGCCCACAGACCCUAUCACAACAAAACAAUUAUGAUGGGUUGCAAAGUAUAUUUUGGAUUGGUGGGGCUAGCCGGCAUGUAGCAUGAGCACAAUGACUGCUUAUCUAGUGGGGUUUAGAGUUAUGCUCUCCCUGAAAUUGGGAAAAAAUGGAGCUUCAAAAAUCACUGGAAAUGCAUUUUCAUCAAUCCUGAGAAAAUUUUGUCAAAUUUUUUCUCCAUUCUGUCAGGUUUUUGCCCAAAAAUGUACAUUUAAAACAUGAAAAUUUUGUUUGCUUCUACCUGUUAACACCAUAAAUGGUGAAAAUGCCGGCAGAUGAUGAUUUGAUUAGACCCAGUGAGUUGCUGCUUCUUAAAUAGCAAUGUUUCCAACUUAAAUGGCCAUAAAAAGUUAUUCCAUGUAUUAAUUACUUUUUAGGGGAGAGAACAUGGCAAAAGUACUUCAUUGCCCGGAAUAAGAUAGAAACUGGGGUGGCCACAGGUAGACCAGGUCUGGAUUAUGUUUGCAAAACCUUGCGUGGACACAAAGGUCAAGUCACAGACAUGGUAUUCCUAACAACUAACAAUAUCUAUGAUGAGGAAAUAAUAGAAAAGAAUGCAUAUCCCAUUGUCGCAAGCUGUAGUCAAGACAAGUCUGUUUGCCUAUGGAAUGUGCGAGAGGGAAAGAGUUUGUGGAAGAAGCAGUCCCAUGAAUCACCAGUAGCUUGUCUAGCUGUGGUAUCCCAUGAUUCAGUCAUAGCAAGUGGUGAUGUUGAAGGAGGCAUUAAAUUAUGGGAUGUUAAAACAGAGCAGGACACAGCCUUGCAAGGCAGUCAUUCUGCAGUUGUUACUGCCAUGGUGUCUGGUAAAGAUGUCAUACUGAAAGGAAAAGGUGACACAGGAAGCAACCUCCUUAUUGUUGGCUACAGAGAUGGGUAUGUCAAGAUAUGGGACAUGCGAGUGACAGCAAGCCCUCAGUAUGAGCUGACUUGCCCAUUGGGUUUGGAUAACAUGACACUGCAAGGGGACCAUCUCUUGGCCACAGCAUCUAAAUUUGAAAGUACCAUCAAGAUUUUUGAUAUCAGAUAUCUAGCCCCAGAGUGUUGGGAAAGACCUGAGAUACAUUCAUUACAGCAUCCUUCAGAUGCUACAGUUUCAUGCUUAAGCUGGGCGCCAACCAAGGGGAACCAUCUCGCAGCAGGCUACAACAAUGGUGACAUCAUUCUGUGGAAUGGUGACAGUGGACAGCAGAUUCACUGUUUUCAGGGACACCGUGAUGACAUAUCUUGUAUCUGCAUGUUAGGGUCAACUUUAGUAUCUUCCAGUCACGACAGCACAAUUCGUCUCUGGGAUUUGAAUUUGCUGAAAGAGUCGCAAACACACAGAGACCACAAUGGACCAAUCACAGGCCUGUAUGUGGAUGCUUAUCGUGUCAUGUCUUGCUCACGAGACUACUCUAUCAGAACAUACUGCUGGUCUAAGAAAGCGUCUUCUCAUGAGACAGGAAGCUCAAGAACUCUAGACAGUAAAUACACCUUGCUUGGGGGUUCCCUUCAAAGAGCAGGAACUGGAUUUGAAAAAGUAAUUUGUGAUUACUCCACUUGUGUGGGAAUGGCUAAUGAUGUUUUAAAAGCUUACUCUUUUCAGGUGUAGUUAGUGACAAUAGUUUAUAGCAGGGUAAAGCCAAGG